AGCAGGGGGCCCCCAGCCUGAGCACCCCUCCCGCUCUCUACCCCACCUCCUUCCAGCCCCAAAGAGGAGAGAGUUCUCUUCUUAUUGGUCACCUUUCUAAACACCCUCUCUAAACUACCUAGGUGCCAGUCCUAAGCCCAGGACGCUGGGAUUCAACCCCGAAGCCAGAGCCUGAGGGAGUGGGCAGGAGGGACCUGCAGCCCGACACACUCCCACCCGUCCCCACCCCCACUCACUCACUCAUUCCACAGAGAUAGAGACAGGGAGGCAGAGAGAGAAGCAGAGACUGAGAGACCCAGAGAGAGACAGAGUGAGAAGAGAAGAAAAAAAGCCUGCAAAGCCUCGUUCCCCAUGGCUCAGUACUGUAUUUUUAUCUGUGCGUGAACAGUCCUCCUCCACACGUUGCCUGCCUGUCACCGCACCCUGUGAGGGGAAGGGGAGGGGAGAGAAGGGGAGGAUAUAGGGGAAGGAAAAGGAGGGAGGAAAGCGGGGGAGCAGAGCCCCAGGAGGAGGAGAACGGCUCGGGACCCACAGGCUCCUCCGGUUCCCCGGACCGCAGAGGCAAUAGAAGGACCCCCCCCCCCCAUAACUUCCCGCUUCCCACCAUGGAUCCCAAAGACCGAAAGAAGAUCCAGUUCUCCGUGCCCGCGCCCCCGAGCCAGCUUGACCCUCGCCAGGUGGAGAUGAUCCGCCGCAGGAGACCAACCCCUGCCAUGCUGUUCCGUGUUUCAGAGCACUCUUCUCCAGAGGAAGAAGCUUCCCCUUAUCAGAGAUCCUCUGGUGAGGGGCACCACCUCAAGACCAAGAGACCCAACCCCUGUGCCUACACUCCCCCUUCUCUGAAAGCUGUCCAGCGCAUUGCUGAAUCACACCUGCAGUCCAUCAGCAACCUGAGUGAGAAUCAGCCUUCUGAUGAAGAGGAAGAAGAAGAAGGUGAGCAGGGAAGCCGAGGUUGUCAGGGAGAGGAAGAAGAGGAGGAGGAGGAGGAGGAAGAGGAGGAAGAUGACUCCAGCCAGGCAGAGGUUGUGAAGGGCAGAAACAAGCCUGCUGUACAACAGACUUCUUGUGGCCAAGGCCUGGAGGGACCUUGGGAGCGUCCACCCCCACUGGAUGAGCCCCAGAAGGAUGGAACCUCUGAAGGCAAAGAAGAAGGAGAAGAAGAAGAGGUUGUGCAGAAUGAACCUGAUGAGGGGACCCAGCACCCCGGGCCUCCUGCUCCUGGCACAUAGACACCCCUGAAUGCUGUUUCCUCCUUCUACUGACAAUCCUGGCCCCCUGAAGAGGGAGGAAGAUGGGGGGAACAGCACUGUUUCCCACUCCCUACCCCCUACCUCUCACCUGCCAAGGCUGCAGCUUUCUGAUACCUAGGAGACCGAGGCUAGUCUAUGUGUUUGCUUGUUUGCCUGUCCCUUUGCUGAUGCCCAGGGCCCCCAGACAUUGCCCAAUGCCUACCCUUACCAUCCAGACUUCUCCCCCAUUCCCCCUCUCCCCAGCUGAGGAGGUGAGGUUGGGUUAGUUUUGAGUCCCAUUUGAGUCCCAGUCCUAUCGUGGCCUCGUGCUGAAGAUUCCAAGACCCUGGACUCGAUGAUUGAACCUCCCAUCAUUUCUCUUUCUUGGAGCCCCCUUCUUCUUAGGCAUAGGAGACCCACAGGGCAGGACCCUAAGCCCAGGGUAGGGGAAGAAGCAGGGGAAAAUGAGAACUCCCCCAUUCCUCUGGCUUCAGGAACUCUCAGCAUCUUUCCUCUUGAUGUACCCCUUAUUGUACCCUUAUUUAGCUUUUCCCAGGGCACAGGGCCCAAGUGUCCCUCCCACUUUUUGGAAAUUGCCUCUAUUCCUACCAUUUCUGAUGGGGAGCCUGGAUGCCUGAGUCCCUGGGAGCCCUUCUCCUCACCCUGAGAAAGGCUGGGGGAACUGUUUGUUUUGUUUUGCUUUGAUGCCAGGAAUGCAACCUAGCCUAUAUGUGUGGGAUAUGUACUUGUUAUGGGUGGGAGUGGGACAAGGUUCCCCUCACCCUCAAUCUGCCCUGUUGCCCAUGUUCCCUUUUCCCUACCUCUGCCAAUGGACCUGCUCUCCUCCCUUGCUGGAAUAAAGCUUUGUAAAUAACUACA